AUGAUAACAUUUUACUGUGCGCUUGAUCGUGACAUUGUUGUAUUUUACAUAAGUUUGUGCGAUUUUGUGCGAUAUAUAUUGACGAUGUGCGAAAUUACAGCAAAGGGUGAAGCGACACUGUUUGAAGAGGCGAAGCAGAAAUUCCGUUCAAUAUUCGGCAAGAAGGCGGCAGCAGCAGCCAGUGCUCCCGGUCGAGUAAACCUUAUUGGAGAACAUGUGGACUAUUGCGAGGGACUGGUUUUGCCUGUGGCUCUGCCGUUCACAACGAUUGUAGUGGGGGCCUAUAAUAGCUUAGAGGAAUGUCGAAUACACACCGUGCUCGCCAGCGGUGAAGAGUUGAAGACGAGUUUUCCGUCUUCAUCAGCGGAACCUUUGAAACCUGGGGACCCGGCGUGGGCUAAUUAUGUUAAAGGCGUGCUUGCAAACUUUCCAGUAGCGGUCCGAGGCUUCGACGCAGUUAUAGUAUCGGAUGUGCCCAUGGGCGCUGGGGUUUCAAGUAGCGCCUCAUUGGAAGUAGCUUUCUUCACGUUCCUAGAAUCACUAACAGGACAGCGUACUGGGCUCGUGGAAAAAGCAAAACUUUGUCAGAAAGCGGAACACGAGUUUCCCGGAAUGCCCUGCGGAAUUAUGGACCAGUACAUCGUCAGCAUGGGCAAGAAGGACCAUGCACUAUUGAUAGACUGCAGGUCCCUACAAGCGACACAGAUUCCUCUACAAACAGACGAUGCUGUUAUCCUGGUAAUUAAUUCGAACGUCAAACAUCAACUCACGGGUAGCGAGUACCCGUUACGGCGGGCUCAGUGUCAGGAAGCGGCAAAAGUGCUCAAACUACCCUCACUACGUGAGGCGCAUAGCGAAGACUUAGGAGAGCUAAAACGGUUGACAUCCGAUCCAGAUGUCAUCAAAAGAGCAAAGCAUGUUGUUGAAGAGAUAAAACGCACUGAGGACGCAGCCACGCUGUUACCAAAGAAGGAUCUAGAAGAAGUUGGAAGAUUGUUCUAUGAAUCACACGAUUCUCUAAGUAAAUUGAUGGAGGUUUCUUGUCCGGAACUUGAUCAGCUGGUGGACAUAAUGAGAUCCUCACCCGGGGUGUAUGGAGCCAGAAUGACAGGAGGCGGAUUUGGCGGAUGUAUGAUUGCUCUGGUCGAAGAAAAAUACGUCGAAGAUGUUAAAAGCAGAGUUCUCAAGGAGUACAAAGGGAAUCCGACUUUCUUUAUUUGUAAUCCGAGCGAUGGCGCGAAAAUCUUGCAAAUCAUAUAA